CAGGUGGAGGUUGGGAUGGAGGCUUGGGCUGCAAACCCUGACUCUCCAGAUGUCCCCACCUGUCCCCAUCCCUGUUCCUAGGAGGUGAGGGUGGGAUGCAGUCUCCCUUCUGGCCUUCCUUUAUUCUCUGGCUGUUGCAUUAGGGGUGCAGGAUGCAGACCUGACAAAAGAGGCUCUGAGAGAUGAUCAGUCUGAGUUGAAACUUUCGUUUCAAGCUGGGCCUGCUCCUUGUUUUAGCAAAUGCAUUUUUUCCUUUCUUUCUCCUGCGCCUCCUUGGUUUGGUUCCCUGCAGCCCCCAACCUGGGUACCUCGUGUCUCCCUUGGGGCUUGUCACUGACUGGGUAGCACUGAGCCCUGCCCCAUUGGCUGCCAUGACACUGCUCUGCUGUCUUUGCUGCCUGGGGCUGGCCAGAGAGCUGGGUGUGGCUUGGGGGUGAAGACCCAGCCAAGCUGGGCACUGUCCCUACAGCCCCCGCAUCUCCCCGAGGCCUUGCUGUGUUUUGGGACGUUGCUCCCCAUCCCUAGGGCUCCUUGGGCCUCUCUGCACCUCCCCUUUCCCAGCUAACCUUUGGACCUGGAGGGAGAGCCGUGCACGGCAUCUGUUAGGCUGUGCCUGAGCAGAGCCUGACUUACGUCUGUCUCAGCGCGUGGCUGUGGGGGCAGGCGCGACUCGGCUUUGUGUUGCAGUGGGCAGGCCAGACAGCAGGCUCCUGGACAGCCAGCUGAGGGAGGCCCUCCGGGCAAGGAGGCAGCUGGGGCCAGGAGUGGGGAUGUGGUGGCACUGGGUCCCAUCUCAGGGCUUGAUCCCCGAGACCCAGACCUCUGUCCUGGGGCUCCUGGUGGCAAUGCCACCCUGGGGUGGUGCCCCCCCACCCCAGGCUUGUGAUUGUUCUCUCCCUGACUUUCCUCCUUCCCCCAACUUGGGUGUGGGGCAUCUCUGUGGCCUGUGGCUUGCCCACGGUGGCUCUUGUGUGCGGCUGGCUGCCCUCAAGUCUGAGAUCUGGUAAUCAGGGUUUCGUUCUGGGAGGGCAUCCCACCCUGCCUUUCCCAGCAUCUGGCUCUGCUGCCCCCUUGGGUGUGGCCCAGCUGAGGCGAGGCCUCCUGGCUCCUUUCCAGUGGGGGGUGGGGGAUGAUUGAUGACCCCCAAGCCUGCCUGUGCUUGCUGCUCACUCAUGCGCCCUGGUGGAGGCCCCUCCUCUCUCCCAGCCACGGUCACCAUCACCAUCUGGGGCUCUGGCGUGGUGUUGGGAGAGUGGCCUCCACCCUCUGUGGCUUGUGGCUCAGCCUGCCGGGGACCCUAGGCCAAGCAGGGCAGGAGGAGGGCAGGCAGCCUGGGCCAGAGGGUCUCUGACUGACACUUGCCGUCUCUCCUUAGGCCCGUACCUGGGUGCAGCCGCCUGCCAUGCCCGCUGUCUGCCUCCUCUCACUGCUCGUCCUUGCCAUGGGGGUGCCCCUGGGCAGCAGCAGGCCCUUCCCUGCCUUCUCGGUGACAGAUACCACACUCACCCACCUGGUGGUACACCGGGUGACUGGAGAGGUGUUCGUGGGCGCAGUGAACCGUGUCUUCAAGCUGGCCCCCAACCUGACCGAGCUGCGGGCCCACGUCACGGGGCCGGUCGAGGACAAUGCUCGCUGCUAUCCACCCCCCAGUAUGCGUGUGUGUGCCCAUCGCCUGGCGCCUGUGGACAACGUGAACAAGCUGCUGCUCAUAGACUAUGCAGCCCGCCGCCUGGUGGCCUGUGGCAGCAUCUGGCAGGGCAUCUGCCAGUUCCUGCGCCUUGAUGACCUCUUCAAGCUGGGCGAGCCUCACCAUCGCAAGGAGCACUACCUGUCGGGGGCACAGGAACCUGACUCCAUGGCCGGCGUCAUUGUAGAGCAGGGCCAGGGGCCCAGCAAGCUGUUCGUGGGCACUGCCGUGGAUGGCAAGUCCGAGUACUUCCCCACCCUGAGCUCCCGCAAGCUCAUCGGUGACGAGGACAGUGCCGACAUGUUCAGUCUGGUCUACCAGGACGAGUUUGUCUCCUCGCAGAUCAAGAUCCCCUCAGACACGCUGUCCCUGUACCCCGCCUUUGACAUCUACUACAUCUAUGGCUUUGUGAGUGCUUCUUUCGUGUACUUCCUGACGCUGCAGCUGGACACCCAGCAGACGUUGCUGGACACAGCAGGCGAGAAAUUCUUCACGUCCAAGAUUGUGCGCAUGUGCGCAGGUGACUCAGAGUUCUACUCGUACGUGGAGUUCCCCAUCGGCUGCUCCUGGCGCGGUGUGGAGUACCGCUUGGUGCAGAGCGCCCACCUGGCCAAGCCCGGCCUGCUGCUUGCCCAGGCCCUGGGCGUGCCGGCCGACGAGGACGUCCUCUUCACCGUCUUCUCUCAGGGCCAGAAGAACCGGGCCAGCCCGCCACGGCAGACCAUCCUCUGCCUCUUUACUCUCAGCAACAUCAACGCCCACAUCCGGCGCCGCAUCCAGUCCUGCUAUCGCGGGGAGGGCACGCUGGCCCUGCCCUGGCUGCUGAACAAGGAGCUGCCCUGCAUCAACACCCCCAUGCAGAUAAAUGGCAACUUCUGUGGGCUGGUGUUGAACCAGCCACUAGGUGGCCUGCACGUAAUCGAGGGGCUGCCCCUGCUGGCAGACAGCACUGACGGCAUGGCCAGUGUGGCCGCCUACACCUACCACCAGCACUCUGUGGUCUUCAUUGGCACUCGCAGCGGCAGCCUGAAGAAGGUGCGGGUCGAUGGCUCCCAGGAUGCCCAUCUGUAUGAGACGGUACCUGUGGUGGACGGCAGCCCCAUACUCCGAGACCUGCUCUUUAGCCCCGACCACCGGCACAUCUACCUCCUGAGUGAGAAGCAGGUGAGCCAGCUCCCGGUGGAGACCUGCGAGCAAUACCUGAGCUGUGCAGCCUGCCUGGGCUCGGGGGACCCGCACUGUGGCUGGUGUGUGCUGCAGCACAGAUGCUGCCGUGAAGGGGCCUGUCCAGGUGCCUCGGUCCCUCAUGGCUUUGCUGAGGAGCUGAGCAAGUGUGUUCAGGUGCGGGUCUGGCCCAACAACGUGUCAGUGACAUCGCCUGGGGUGCAGCUGACUGUGGCCAUGCGCAACGUGCCAGACCUCAGUGCAGGUGUGAGCUGUGCCUUUGAGGAGGUGACGGAGAGCGAGGCCGUCCUCUUGCCCUCCGGGGAGUUGCGCUGCCCCUCACCCUCCCUCCAGGAGCUCCGGGCUCUCACCAGGGGGCACGGUCAGUGGGCUGGGGCUGCCUGGGAUGGGGAGCACACUCUGGUCCCAGCUCACUCACGGUGCCUUGGGCUUGCUGCAGGGGCCACCCGCACCGUGCGGCUGCAGCUGCUUUCCAAGGAGACCGGCGUGAGCUUCGCAGGGGCCGACUUUGUUUUCUACAACUGCAGCGUUCUCCAGUCGUGCAUGUCCUGCGUCGGCAGCCCUUACCCGUGCCACUGGUGUAAGUACCGCCACGUGUGUACCAGCCACCCCCACGAGUGUUCCUUCCAGGAGGGCAAGGUCCACAGCCCUGAGGGCUGCCCUGAGAUCCUGCCCAGCGGGGACCUCCUGAUCCCAGUUGGCGUCAUGCAGCCUCUUACCCUGAGGGCCAAGAACUUGCCGCAGCCCCAGUCGGGCCAGAAGAACUAUGAAUGCGUGGUCCGGGUGCAGGGGCGGCAGCAGCGGGUGCCCGCCGUGCGCUUCAACAGCAGCAGCGUGCAGUGCCAGAAUGCCUCGUAUUCCUAUGAAGGUGAUGAGUAUGGUGACACUGAGCUGGACUUCUCUGUGGUCUGGGAUGGAGAUUUCCCCAUCGACAAGCCUGCCACCUUCCGAGCUCUCCUGUACAAGUGCUGGGCCCAGCGGCCUAGCUGUGGCCUCUGCCUCAAGGCUGACCCCCGCUUCAACUGUGGCUGGUGCAUCUCGGAGCACAGGUGCCAGCUGCGGGCCCACUGCCCAGCACCCAGGACCAACUGGAUGCACCUGAGCCAGAAGGGCACCCGCUGCAGCCACCCCCGCAUUGCUCAGAUCCACCCACUCAUGGGGCCCAAGGAGGGAGGCACCCGGGUCACCAUCAUGGGUGAGAACCUGGGCCUCACCUACCGAGAGGUGGGCCUACGGGUGGCCGGUGUGCGCUGCAACUCCAUCCCUGCUGAGUACGUCAGCACUGAGAGGAUCGUGUGUGAGAUGGAGGAGUCGCUGGUGCCCAGCCCGCUGCCAGGGCCCGUGGAGCUCUGUGUAGGCGACUGUUCAACUGAUUUCCGCACGCAGUCUGAGGAACUCUACAGCUUCGUGACCCCAACGUUCGACCGUGUGAGUCCUAGUCGGGGCCCAGCUUCAGGAGGCACACGGCUCACCAUUUCCGGUAGCUCUCUGGACGCUGGCAGUAGGGUCACGGUGACUGUGAGAGAUGGCGAGUGCCAGUUUGUGAGGAGAGAUGCCGAAGCGAUCGUGUGUAUCUCCCCCGUCUCCACCCUGGGCCCCAGCCAGGCCCCCAUCACCCUGGCCAUUGACCGCGCCAACAUCUCCAGUCCUGGAGUCCUCUACACCUAUACCCAGGACCCCACUGUCACUCGCCUUGAGCCUACCUGGAGCAUCAUCAACGGAAGCACUGCCAUCACUGUGAGUGGGACCCACCUGCUGACAGUCCAGGAGCCCCGGGUCCGGGCCAAGUACCGAGGCAUUGAAACCACCAAUACGUGCCAGGUGAUCAAUGACACUGCCAUGCUGUGUAAGGCCCCUGGCAUCUUCCUGGGGCGGCCCCAGCCACAGGCCCAGGGCGAACACCCUGAUGAGUUCGGCUUCCUGCUGGAUCACGUGCAGACGGCCCGCUCCCUCAACCGAUCCUCUUUUACCUACUACCCUGACCCCAGCUUCGAGCCAUUUGGGCCCUCUGGCGUCCUGGACGUCAAACCUGGCUCCCACGUAGUGUUGAAGGGCAAGAAUCUGAUCCCCGCAGCAGCUGGCAGCUCCCGCCUCAACUACACAGUGUUGAUUGGGGGCCAGCCGUGCGCACUCACUGUCUCAGACACGCAACUCCUGUGCGACUCACCCAGCCAGACGGGCCGGCAGCCUGUCAUGGUGCUGGUGGGUGGCCUGGAGUUCUGGCUGGGCACCCUGCACAUCACGGCUGAGCGGGCGCUGACCCUGCCAGCCGUGGUGGGGCUGGCGGUGGGCGGCGGGCUCUUGCUGCUGGCCAUCACUGCUGUGCUGGUCGCCUAUAAGCGCAAGACUCAGGAUGCAGACCGCACGCUCAAGCGGCUCCAGCUACAGAUGGACAACUUGGAGUCCCGUGUGGCCCUGGAAUGCAAGGAAGCCUUUGCCGAGCUGCAGACAGACAUCAACGAGCUGACAAACCAUAUGGAUGGGGUGCAGAUCCCUUUCUUGGACUACCGGACCUAUGCUGUGCGUGUGCUCUUCCCGGGCAUUGAGGCCCACCCGGUGCUCAAGGAGCUGGAUACCCCGCCCAAUGUCGAGAAGGCCCUGCGCCUCUUCGGGCAGCUGCUGCACAGCCGGGCCUUCGUGCUGACCUUCAUCCACACGCUAGAGGCCCAGAGCAGCUUCUCCAUGCGGGACCGUGGCACCGUGGCCUCGCUCACCAUGGUGGCCUUGCAGAGCCGCCUUGAUUAUGCUACAGGGUUGCUCAAGCAACUGCUGGCGGAUCUCAUAGAGAAAAACUUGGAGAGCAAGAACCACCCAAAGCUGCUACUGCGCAGGACCGAGUCAGUGGCUGAGAAGAUGCUUACCAACUGGUUCACAUUCCUGCUACAUAAGUUUCUGAAGGAGUGCGCCGGGGAGCCGCUUUUUCUGCUCUACUGUGCCAUCAAGCAGCAGAUGGAGAAGGGCCCCAUUGACGCCAUCACGGGCGAGGCGCGCUACUCCCUGAGCGAGGACAAGCUCAUCCGGCAGCAGAUCGACUACAAGACACUGACCCUGCACUGUGUGUGCCCGGAGAGUGAGGGCAGCGCUCAGGUCCCGGUGAAGGUUCUCAACUGUGACAGCAUCACGCAGGCCAAAGACAAGCUGCUGGACGUGGUGUACAAGGGCCUCCCGUACUCCCAGCGCCCCAAAGCUGAGGACAUGGACCUAGAAUGGCGCCAGGGCCGCAUGGCCCGCAUCAUCCUCCAGGAUGAGGAUGUCACCACCAGGAUCGAGUGUGACUGGAAGAGGGUCAACUCACUGGCCCAUUACCAGGUGACAGAUGGUUCCUUGGUGGCACUGGUGCCCAAGCAAGUAUCCUCUUAUAACAUGGCCAACUCCUUUACCUUCACCCGCUCCCUCAGCCGCUACGAGAGCUUGCUCCGCACGGCCAGCAGCCCUGAUAGCCUCCGCUCUCGGGCGCCCAUGAUCACACCAGACCAGGAGACGGGCACCAAGCUGUGGCACCUGGUGAAGAACCACGACCAUGCCGACCACCGUGAGGGGGACCGUGGCAGCAAGAUGGUCUCAGAGAUCUACUUGACGCGGCUGCUGGCCACUAAGGGGACACUGCAGAAGUUUGUGGACGACCUUUUUGAGACCGUGUUCAGCACGGCACACCGGGGCUCAGCCCUGCCCCUGGCCAUCAAGUACAUGUUCGACUUCCUGGAUGAGCAGGCCGACCAGCGCCAGAUCAGUGACCCCGACGUGCGCCACACGUGGAAGAGCAACUGCUUGCCCCUGCGCUUCUGGGUGAACGUGAUCAAGAACCCACAGUUUGUGUUCGACAUCCACAAGAGCAGCAUCACGGACGCCUGCCUGUCUGUGGUGGCCCAAACCUUCAUGGACUCCUGCUCCACAUCCGAGCAUCGCCUGGGCAAGGAUUCGCCCUCCAACAAGCUGCUCUACGCCAAGGACAUCCCCAACUAUAAGAGCUGGGUGGAGAGGUACUACCGGGACAUUGCAAAGAUGGCAUCCAUCAGCGACCAGGACAUGGAUGCCUACUUGGUGGAGCAGUCCCGACUCCAUGCCAGUGACUUCAAUGUCCUAAGCGCGCUCAGCGAGCUCUACUUCUAUGUCACCAAGUACCGCCAGGAGGUUCUCACCGCUCUGGACCGAGAUGCCUCUUGUCGGAAGCAUAAGUUGCGCCAGAAGCUGGAACAGAUCAUCAGCCUCCUGUCCAGCAACAGCUAAGGGUGGUGAACCGGGCCCUGUUCUCUCUGAGCUCCUGGAGAGCUUGAACCAGGCUGGUGCCAGGGCCUGACCUGGGCCUGGGGUCUCCAGGACUCUCCUUCUCCUGGCCCUACUGCCAAACUUCCUCAGUGUUGUCUGCAUUUGCCUCCGACCCCCUCAUCCUCAGCUGCCCUGUCCUGCACCCGCCCCACGGGGCCGAGGCAGCAGUGCCUUACUCCGUCCUCUGCCUCCUCUGAGGAAUCUGGCCCCGUCUCGCAGUCCUGGAAACCCCAUUCUCCCCUCUUUUGUUGCAUGAGUUUUUCUUUGUUCAUGUAAUGUUUUUUCCUAAUUAAAUGUUGGGAAAAUGGAGUCAGUGUGUGCCUUUGUCCUUGGGGAAGAUAGUUGGUCAGAGAACAU